GCAAAAAAAUGUCGAAAUUCCGAUUCAGAAUGCAAAACCGUGGAUGCCUAUUCGUGACUAUAAAGACAAAUGCAUGAAUCAGAGAAUAUUGUUACCGUAUGGGAAUCUGAACAAACUGCUGUGUUGGGAGAGUCAUGCCAUCGUCGAAUCGGUCGUUAAAGUGUUGAACCUCAACAGCUGUAGUGAAAUGAUCACAUUAGCUGAUAGACUCAGGCUAGAUUUUGCAAAGGAUGAGUUCAAGCGCUGUGGCUUUGAAGUGGUCAAGGAGCCAAGUAGACGUUAUUCGAUACGGUUGGACUUCAAAAGAAAAGAUAUGCUGAAAUGCUAUCAAAUGUAUUCGACCACACCUCCAAAGCCUCAGAGUUUGCCCAAUGAGGUUUGUGCGCAAACCUAUUACUGCCACGAUCUGAAGGACUACCCAGAGCUCUCGUGCCGUGCAGGGAUAACCUACACCGAUUGUGCGGUCAAGGUGAUACAGGACGACGAAUGCCGUUUUUACUUUGGACGGGCGGCCCUGAUGUACUGGAAAGUCUAUCAGAUCUCUGGCCUCUUCGACUCGUGCAAAUUUGGAUAUGACGUAAAACGGAAGGGAGUAUUUUUCUAUAUCAAGAAUGCCAUCCACCCCUUAUGUUACAGUUUAAGUGGAAACAUUACUACAGUCUAGCUAUCCUCUAAAUAUACCAAGGCCAAGAGGCAUUUACUGAUCUUUCUGGAAAGGAGCUUUUGUUCGUUUUAAUUUAGCGCAGAUGCAUGAUUGAUUUUUUAAUCUUCUAGCUGCUUGUAUAGCUAAAACAAUUUUCCAUAUAUAUUUAAAGUUUUGCAUCUCAUUUUAGAAUUUUACGUUCAAAUAUAAACGUCUAUUAUUAAUCUGCCACGUAUAACUAGAAAAAGUUUUAAAUCACAUUGAUUGCUCAAAGAAUACGACAGCUUGAAUAGAAAAUCUAUUUUCUUAUAGCCGUAUUCUUAUAAGAAAAAUCUAUCUUUGUGGAAAAGAAAAUUUUUAGUACAUCAUUGUAAGGAUAAUAAAAA